CGAAGGCUCGACCAAGCACGGGACUAGCGGUACGCCGACGCUACUUCGGCGUUGUGAAGGCGCGCUGAGAGCCUUACGUGUCCUUUAAACGCGCGAUGUCCUGGGUUAAGUCUGUCUCGCACAGCGUGGACGAUGUCUUCGACGUUAACGCGAAAGACAUCAGUUUACAAAACAAGGAAUGGAGCCACAACAUGGAGAAACGAGUUAAGGAUGGCUUUGUGGAAGGGAUUGAUGCUGGGAAGGAGGCGGCACUUCAAGCCGGUUUUAACCAAGGAUUCAAGGAAGGUGUAACACAAACGAAAACCGUCGGGUGUCUCAAAGGAGUAUUAAGUGCUGUGCAGUGUUGGUACAAGUUCAAGUAUCCACAAAGCCCCAUCCCAACCUCAGUGACCGAACUUUUCCAGCGGGUUGUGCAGUAUGAGGAUGCACUUAUGGAUGAAAUGAUGAAAGCUUUGCAGAGCCCUACUCCCAGUGUAAGCGACGUCUCUGAAAGCAUGGAGGAUCUAGAGGUCAACCAGGGAGAUCCAGACUGUAUGGGAGAGGAAUGUAAAGAGGAAAACUGCUGCAGAGGAGAUGGACAAAUGGACCUGAGUUUUCUUGAACGGCCAAAAAGCCUCUCUUUGAGCUCUGAUAAGUGCUGGUCAAAUAUGGUGGAAAGCUCAAACCAGCUCCUGCAAAGCUGUAUUGAUUUAGUUUUAGAACUUGGGUUGCCACAGGAACUGAUUCAGCACUUGGAGGAACUGAGGUGCAAAGAAUGAAUUUUGUGUCAUAAAGACUGGAUUUACUGUGUGCUCACUCGAGAGCAGAUCAAAUAUUUGAUACAGAAAUUUUAACAAAACUGGUUUUAGACUCACUAGUUUCCUAUUGGAUUAAAAUAUAUAUUAUGUAAAAUGUGUUUGCUAUAUUGUUUUUUUUAUAUAUAUAUAUAGUUUCAGCGAGAUAUUUGAAGAAUGACUAAACAUUAUAUUCAGUGUAUAUUAGUGAUUUUCUUUUAUCACUUAAUUGUAAUCCAACACCUUUUGGGAACAAAAGACAAAUGAUUUGUAUAUUUUGUUCACCCCGUGAUGGAUGAAUGGAUAUUUUGUUCACAUUAGUUAACCCUUUCCUUAAAGUUGUUUGAAAGAAAUGUGUCCUUCAGUCUGUUAUAGAGCCAUUACCAGCCAUUCAAAAAACCCAAGAUAGAGAUAAACACCUUUUCUUGUGCUCAAAUUUAGAGACCCAACCUAUAAUUAAAAUAUCCGACUAUGGCAUAACACUAUUAAAAUGUGUAAGGUUUGGGUAAAAAGGGUCAUUUGCAAGGGGAUGAUGAAAAUAAAAUACAUGAAUGU